AUGCUGUUGUCGUUUUCCCAAAUCCUCGCCCUCGGCGCCAGCUUUGGUUCAAUCCAAGCCGUCGUCGCUGCACCGACGCCCGGCUCGGUGGACGACAGCGCGACCGCAAAGUCGUGCAAGUCCGCGCAAUACUUCAACAAGCGUAGUAAGUAAUUCGGCAUGGCCGGACUGAUGGUCGCAGAAGCACUGGCUAAUCUUCCGCCACGAAUCUGUUAUUAGCGAAAUCGUGCUUGCCUUGCACCUCCAAGUUCACCAACGCAUUGACCUGCACCGAGUCUGAAGCCACCAGCUGGUCAGUAGCUUUUGCUAAAUUCUUUUCACUCGAUCCCGAUCCCUUUGAUCUGAUUUCGUUUCAAAACGUAAUCCGCCCUCCUCAAUGGAUCAACACCCACCAGCUCUCGCGGCAAGCUCGACGACGGCAAGUGCCAGCUCAGAACCAGCUGCUCCGGUCCCUGCUAUGUUUCGCCUCAGGAUGGUGAGCGCUUGCUCACUAAAACCCUCGUGAAAUAUGAUCGCAAAACUGAACGUUAUCAUGGUUUCUUAAGGUUUCACCUGUAUCGCAUGCCCCGACAGUAAGGCUAGUCGUUGCGACAGCACGGGCAAGUCCGUAGCUUGCAACAUCGGCACCCCUGUCAACGGCAAGUGCGCCGCCGUGACCUGCACCGGCGCGAUCCUGCGCGACCUACCCCGCUGCCAAUGGUGAGUUGUCUGAGAUACUACGAAAAGGGGGUCAAUGUCUGCCAAUUCAUCUUGGCUAAUCAUCAUCUUCGUAUUGCUCAGGGAAAACCUGCACGCGCUGCCCCGACAAGAACGCCUUCUCGUGCAACAGCACCCAGUCUACGGAGUGCGAAUACGGAGUCGUCACCAAGGGCAAGUGCGUUGCUUUCAAGUGCCCCCCCAACACCGCCAACACCGCCGAUGGUGAGUUGCCGUCCCUGGUCGAAGUGCCCUAGAGUGCGGUAACUGAGCCGAUGUGUUUGCGGUGUACUGGUUAAGGCGACCAGGAUGGUUUUGCAACAGUGAGCGGGAUUCAAACCGCAGAUGUCUUGCCAACAAGAGCAGCAAUUGCUCGUUAGGCUCAUAACCUGUUGCAAAACCAUCCUGGUCGCCUUAACCAGUACACCAAAAGUGAAGGCACCUUCAAGAGAUGCAUGCGCCGAAUCCUCUUUCAACACUGUUGCUGUCCAAACAGGCACUGCCUGCUGCUCGGACAUCUACACCGCAUCCUGCGCCCCAUCGCUCGCUCCUCUCAAGUGCAAACCCGAUGCUGUCCUCAACACCAUCGGUAAUCACUGCGUGCUGCCUGUGGCUGUUUCGCAAUACGGAAGUGAGUCAUCCGCAGCAGAGUUUUCGGCAGCUUCUUGGACCACCGCGGCGUCGCCCUCCUUCUUCGAGAACUGACCGUACGCCUCGACUUUUCUCGCGCGCCUCAGACAACACGAGCAAAACCUCAGGCGUGACCCCUACCGGCGGCUACCCGGUGACCUACAUGCAAUGGGGCUCGAACCCGGUCACCUCUUACGACUCGUGCGCCUCGUUCGCGGCCAAACAAAGUCCGAGCAACGAUCGCGGUCAGACCCUUUUCUUCUGGAACGGUUCGUCGUGCUGGGUCCAGUCGAGGUCGUCGUACGUUUCGUCCAAAUUCGCCAAGGGAAGCUACUCGUUGAACAUCUUUGGCCAUUGCCGCAACACGGCCAAGUCCGCACCGGCGACGGACGCUUACCACCACGGGAUCGACUGUGGUGAUGUCACAGCCAAGAUCUGA